AUUUACGUACUAAGUGAUAUAGAAAAAGAAACAAAAAAUUUAUGUGAUUAUGUGUAUUAAUUGAUUAAUUUAAUUGGAAGGUUUUUUAAAAUUUAUUUGUGGCUGUGAUUAUUGUUAUUAUUAUUAUUACUAUUUAUUGUUAAUUGAUAAAAGUUAACCAUAAGAAUCAACGACUAUGGUUGUAAUGAGUAGAAUGAGAUCGCCAACAAUGUCUGCAAAUGUUGGGGAUAAUCAACAACAUCCACAUCAAGAAUGGGAUAUUAAUGAUUCAAAUGUACCAAGCGUAGAAGAUUAUGAUUUAUGGUCAGAAUGGGCAGACGGACAUGUAAGAAAAAUUUAUGAUCCAGAUUGUGAAGAAGCAAGAAAACAUUUAUCAGGAUGGGCAAUGAGAAAUACAAACAAUCAUAAUGUUAGUAUAUUAAAAAAAUCAUGCCUUGGUGUACUUGUUUGUUCUCAAAGAUGUACAUUACCUAAUGGAUCACGUGUACAUUUACGUCCAGCUAUUUGUGAUAAGGCAAGAAAGAAACAACAAAACAAUCCGUGCCCCAAUAAACCAUGUCGCGGAUUGUUAGAAAUUCAAGCAUGUCGUGGUCAUUGCGGAUACCCUGUAACCCAUUUUUGGCGUCAUACAGCUCACGGAAUAUUUUUUCAAGCUAAAGGACAACAUGAUCAUCCACGUCCUGAACCUAAAUCAACUGCUGAAUCUCGCAGAAGUGCUGGAGCUGGUCGAAGAGUUAGAAGUUUGGCUGUUUUACUUGCUCGUGAUGCGGCUGUUGGAUCAAGGAUUAUGUCGCUAAAAGAAAGAAAACGCCAUAUUUCUGAAACAUAUCAGCUAUCAUUAAAACAAAGUCAACCACCUCCUCUGAUUUCUAAUAAAAGUUACUCAUGUUCAUGCCCAUUACUCGAAUGUACUUGUGGACUACCAACACCUCUAUCAUAUCAACCACCACAAGUAUAUCAACAAACAGCCGAGCCUUUUUGGUAUCCAGAAUCAGCAAACCAUGAUAAUCUCUACUUACCAAGUCAAACAACCCCUCAGCAUAAUCAAGAAUCGUAUGAUUUUCCAGCCAUCACCGAAGAAUAUUUUCAACCUGAAGAAAUUUUUCAACUUGAACAACCUAUAAAAACCGAUUUUACAUCAAAUCAUAAUAGUAAUCCCAACAAUCGAUCGCCCUCAACUCUACUGGAUCUUGGCUCAGGUACCAUUAAAUACCAAGUAAAAUCCCAUGAACAUCAAAUGUACUGGAAUCAAUUUGUCAGUGAUGAUUCAUCAAGUAGUCUCGCUUUAUCUCAAAACCACGAUGACAAACUCUGUUAUCAACAGCAGCCCUAUGAUAAAUCAGAUUCAUUCUUAACAAUCAAUAACACAGUAACCAAAAAUAAUUUAAUUGAAAGUGAAAAAUCGACAAACAAUCGAUAUGAAAUGUCAUAUCAAAGAGAUAGUUUAGUUAAAUUAACAUUACCUCCAUCAAUUGAUGAAACUACUGCACAUUAUCCUAGUCAUAAUAUUAUUUAUAACGACAAUAGUUAUUUAGGAUAUAAUGAUUAUAAUGAUUGUCAUUCAAUUUACAAUUCAGACUUACCAACAACCAAUACAUUGACAAAAAAUACAGCACAAAAAGUAUCGCAAGUUGAUAAUUGUCGAUCUAAUUACGGUGGUAAUGAACAAAUAGAUAAUAUGUAUUUUUAUUCAAAUGAACGGUGUCAUAAUGCAUGUGAUUUAGAUAGCAAGUUCACUGGAUCGCCUACUCCGUUACAAAUCCCAAUAAAUAAUAAUGAUUAUAAUAGUAAUAACAACAGUGAUAGCACGUCAUUUGUUGAUUACGCAUUUUUAGGUACGUUGUGCAAUUCAAGUGAGGAUAUUGCGACAAAUAUACAGUCAAUAUCGUCAAUUACUAAUGAAUCGAUAAAUUAUAGUAAUAAUAACAACAAUAAUUUGAUGAAUUAUCAGAGUUUAGAUAAUCAGGCAUUCAAUAAAGGCGAGAUUGAAGAAAUUUGGCUAAAAAUGGAACGUUAAUAACAAUCGAGAUAGUUAUUGUUAUUAUUAUUAUUAUUGAAUUCCAGGAUCAGAUUUUUAAA